GUCAUGAAGCCUUGUUUAAUGACCAUUUCCAUCCUUCUGAUCCUGGUUCAUAAGACUCCAGGUGGCCUGUACAGAUCCUAUUAUGGCAAGAACCAAGAAGAGUCUUGGAAUCCAUGCCAGCUUCACCAAGGCACAUGCCGAAAUGCCUGCAGAAAAUAUGAACUUCCAUACUUAACCUGUCUAAAUCACGAAAAGUGCUGCCUAAAAUUUUUAGUGAAAGUGGAAAGUGCAAACAAUAUGAAGCAGGAGUCUAACUCCAGCUCCAGUUUGUCGGUUACAACGCUUUCAAACUAUUCUCAGAUUUGA